UCCCCCUCCUCCUGCAGCAGCAGCAGUCUUCUGGGUGUGUAUAAAAAGCCUCAGUCACAGUGGAGAGAGCACGGAGGAGACUCAACCUCUCAGGUGUAUCUGUCUGUCCAACCAUCAUGAAGGCUGUAGCUCUGAUCCUUGCUCUGGCAGUCAUCACUGGCUGCAACGCUCGAGCAGUGCGCCAGGCUGAUGCUACCCCAAACGGAUGGGAGGACAGCGUCGACCGUUUCUGGCAAUAUGUGUCUGAGCUGAACCAGAGAGCCGAUGGAGUUGUGCAGGACCUCAAGGCCUCCCAGAUUUCCCGGGAGUUGGACACCCUGAUCACUGACACCAUGGCAGAGCUCCAAACCUACACUGAAGCUGUCACGACCAAGCUGGCCCCCUACACAGAGACCUCCACCGGCCAGCUGUCCCAGGACUUGCAGCUCCUUGUAAACAGGCUCCAGAAGGACAUGGUUGAUGCCAAGGAACGCAGCACAGAAUACCUGGGUGAGCUCAAGACCAUGGUGGAGACGAACACCGAUGAUGUCCGCGGCCGCAUCGGCACCUACACCCACAAGCUGAAGAAGCGCCUGAACAAGGACACAGAGGAGAUCCGCAACACUGUGGCCACCUACCUGGGUGAGGUCCAGUCUCGUACCUCCCAGAACCUUGAAGCAGUGCGUGAACAAGUUGAGCCCAUCGUCCAGCAGGCCAGUGACACCGCUUCCCAGAAAUUCUCCGACAUCUCCGUCAUGCUGAGGAGCCAGGCUGAGGGUCUGGGUCAGCAGCUGGAGACCCAGGCUGAGGGUAUCAAGACUCAGCUGGAGUCCACUGCUCAGGAACUGCGCACCUCCCUGGAAGGCAAGAUCGAUGAGCUGACUGAGCUGUUGUCCCCCGUCGCCGCUAAGAUCCGUGAGCAGUUUGAGAGCAUUGUGGAAAAGGUCAAGGAGACCACCACCAUGUAAAGAAAGACUCUGAGGGUUAUUGCAAGUCAGUGGUCCACUGUUUACAGUCAGAUCCACUGAUUACUCCAUACCUUGAAAAGGAGUGAGGGGGGAGUUGAGAGUUACAGAUAAGAUAAUCAGUUAAGUGCCUUAUUGUUCAGGGUAAGGGCGAUGAUAAGGGAAAGAGGGAUGAAAAUUCCUUUUCUUGUCCUAUUGACUCCCUUUGUCACUGAACAGAGGUAUCUCAGCCUUUAAACCACAAACAGGAGACAAAUAUGUGUUAUAUGCUUCAUUUCUAUACAAGUUUAACCACUAAUGUUUUCCCAAACGUUUUGUUUGGUUGUAAUUAUAAGUUUUGACCUCAGAGGUCACUUUAUCAUCUCUUAAUGCACCAAACACAAGUGUCUUUUAUUUUGAUAAGUGCUCUGAUAUUUCCUUAAGGUGAUCCUGUAACAGGAAAGUGUCCUCCUGCAUUUCUUAUACCUUGUGUGUCACAGAAUAGUGGAAUGUAAAGCUACUUACAAUGCAGAUAUGACAAUCACAAAGUACUGCCUGUGUGUUCUCCAGUCUGACUAUACAGUGACCCUUGUGUUUCACAUGUCAUAUGCCCACUAUGCUGCCCACUGUCUGAUCACUGGUACGUGCUGAACAGUGCUGAGAGAAUAAAGAACCUAGAAAAUAA